AUGCCAAAUGAUCUGCGUCUAUCAUUCUUGUUUGUUUGCAAACGUUUCAGCUUCUUUCUGUCGGUCUUUCUUUCUUUCUUUCUUUCUUCACCCUUUUUAUCUUUCUCACUUCAUACUUUUUAUUUUUCUUUCUUUCUUUCUUUCUUUCUUUCUGCACCCUUUUUAUCUUUCUUUCUUUCUUUCUUUCUUUUGUCAUUCCUUCCUUUUUUUUCUUUCCGUUUUAUUUUCUCACUUUCCCAGUUUCUUAGUUUACUAUUUUUCUUUCUUUCCUGUUCUUCCAUCAUCUUCCGUUUGUGUUUUAUUCUCGCUCUCUCCAUCCUUCCUUAUUACUUUAUUUCAUUCUCUUUCUUUCUUUCUUUCUUUCUUUCUUUCGUUCUUUCUUUCUGUCUUUCUUUCUUAUCUUUUUCUUAUUUUUAUUCUUUCCUGUUCUUCCUUCAUCUUUCUUAUCCGUUUUAUGCUUACCCUCUCUCUCUCUCUCUCUCUCUCUCUCUCUCUCUCUCUCCUUUCUUAUCCGUUCUUCAUUCUUCUUUUCUUACCAUUUUAUUCACGCGCUUGCCCUUUUUCUUCCUCCUCUUACUUUUCUUUCUUUCCUUUUCUUCCUUCAACUUUCUUUUCCGUUUUACUCUCACCAUCUGCUUCUUUCUUUCUUUCUUUCUUUUUAUUUAUUUAUUUAUUUACUUUUAUCUAUCUUAUUUUAAUUCUUUCUUCUAUAUUUUUCUCUUUCGCUCUCUUUCCUUUUUCUCCUUUAUUUUCCUCAUUUUUUUAGACCGUUUCUUUGCUCCAUUGUUAUUUCUUUCGUUCCCUUUUCCCUACAUAAUUCAUUCUAUCAGAGAAACCUUUCAUUCAGUCUUUUUUUCUUUACUCCUUUUUUAA